AUGAAUUUCCGCAGCCUGUUCCUGUCUCUGUUCCUGGUCUUUGCGAUCGGCCUUGCGCUGGUCCAGGCCGACGACGCAAAGAAGGAGCCCCGUGGUCCUAAGAUCACUAACAAGGUCUACUUCGACAUUCAGCAUGGAGACGAGUCCCUUGGUCGCAUUGUCAUGGGACUGUACGGCAAGACUGUCCCGGAGACUGCAGAGAACUUCCGUGCUCUGGCUACUGGCGAGAAGGGCUUCGGUUACGAGGGCUCCUCUUUUCACCGUGUGAUCAAAGACUUCAUGAUCCAGGGUGGUGACUUCACCAAUGGCGACGGUACCGGCGGCAAGUCUAUCUAUGGCAACAAGUUCAAGGAUGAGAACUUCAAGCUCCGCCACACCAAGAAGGGUCUUUUGAGUAUGGCAAACGCCGGCAAGGACACCAACGGCUCGCAGUUCUUCAUCACUACUAUCAUCACCUCGUGGCUCGACGGCAAGCACGUUGUCUUCGGUGAAGUCCUCGAGGGCUACGAUAUCGUCGACAAGAUCCAGAAUGUCGAGAAGGCCCGCGGCGACCGGCCCGUGAAGCCCGUCACUAUCGUUAAGAGUGGCGAGCUGGAAAUCGAGACGGAUGCUGAGGAUAAAGAAUUCGACGACGAUGCCGAACACCCUCCAGUCGCGGAAGAAGCCCCCUCGGCGGACAACUCGCCCUCGUACUCGUACUCGAUGCAACCGUUGUGGAUCAUGUUCGCGGUGGUUGUCAUGGUGGGUAUCUACUUGAGGCGCCGGCGCAACAGCAGCCAACAGCCUGAUGAGAAGGAAUACGAUGCGUAA